AUGUCAAAGUUACAAGGUCUAUUUGGUGUAUUUCAAGAUGAAAUUAAUACAGAAAUUAAUUUUAAAAAUAAAAUCAGUGACUUAGAAAAUCUAUUCAGUAUAGAACUUGCAAUUAUAAAAUCUGAAUAUGCUGAUUUGUCUACUAUCCAACCAAUUAAUCUACCUUACGAUUUGACAUCGGAAGAUUCAAAAGAUAUACCGUUCGCCUUUGCAUCUAGAGAAUUGUGUCAAGUAAAGAUUAUAAGUGAAGAAAAUAGGGAUUUCAAUCUUGGAACUGCUGGCGAAGUCAGGAUUAUUGAUAAUUUAAGUCUAUUAAGCGAUAAGUACCACCGUUUUUUACAAGAAUUGAAUGGAAUUGAUUGCAGGCCUAUUUUUAGGGAUAGACUUUCUCAUAAGAUUAACGAGGAAAUCAUUUAUGUAUUGAUGGUUAAUCGCUAUUUCAAGGCAAUUUCAUAUAUCUAUCAGGUAAAUGCUAAGGAUGGUGAUAAAAUAUCAUAUCCAUUAAUUUCAAAGAGUGACCAGGAUACAAUGGGAUUAAUAUUAACACCAGAGGAAAUUCAGCGCAUAUUAUCUUUAGAAAAAUUGAACUAUAGUGACUAUCUAUUAAGCUUAUUACGCUUAAUUGAAAUCGUCGUGGAGUAUACAAUUGAUACCAUUAUACUGGUUUCAAUAUCUUGUGACAACUCUCCAAAUAGAUCGCAAAACAUACAGUAUAGUUUAAGUCUCAUUAAUCUACAGAUCGUUACCAAACUUCAAAAUGGGUUUCAAAUGCUAGACUUAAAGAAUGACAAUAUACGGAGAAAAUUUGAUGCAUUAAAAUAUAACUUUAAGAAGAUGAAUGGAAUUGUAUAUGACUUAUCCUUAAGAAAGCUUAUUGUAAAUGAAGUUCAAAUAUAUUAG